AUAUAUGGGACGGCACAAAGAGUCGACGCGUGUGCUUUCGUCAUACGUAUGUAUCUAGCUGGGUAAAUAACGUCGCGAAUUUGCAAAAUUGAAAGUGCUGCCAGCGGAGAGAGGGAGGCCAGUGAAAAGUAAAAGGCGUUGGGCUUCUGUGGUUCGUAUUUGAAAAGUUGCUUUGGAGGUGGUCUCUGGACGGGGGAGGGGACUGCAGCUGUGUGGGUUCGUUCGGCAGUGUGGGGCUGGAGUAACAGUUACCGCUUGACACCGUCCGGGGUGUUGCAUAGGCGCCUAGGAGCGCCCUCGGUUUCAAGAGAUCGUGCCAGAUAUGGAUGACACGGAAUUCAUGUUCAACGAGAAGCAAUCAAUACGCGACUCCUCGCGCACCCUCAAGCGCUACGGCAGCACCUGCUGCAACAGCAUGCGGAACAACGAGACCCUUAUACGGCACAUCGUUGAGAAGACGGACACACUGCAGGGUAUAGCUCUGAAAUAUGGCUGCACGACGGAACAAAUACGCCGCGCUAACCGGCUCUUUGCCUCGGACAGCCUGUUCUUGCGUCAAUUCCUGCUGGUGCCCGUCGAGAAGAACUCGCCCUACUAUCCGCAGGUGGGCGGCGUCGAUUCAAUCGCUGCGUUUGAUGUCCUGGCCACACCUCCGGGCACACCCGAUGUAAAUGUGCAGCGCGAGGCGCAGCAGAAUGCCAAUAACCUGGUGCAAGCCAACAACUUCAUGAACAGCAGCAGCAGUAGCAGUGGCAGCAGCGGCAGCAGUGGCAGUGGCAGUAGCAGCAAUGGAGGCAGCAGCAGCAGCUGCAACACAAGCGGCUCCGCAGCGAGCGUGCGCUCUAGCACACAGCAGCAACCGCAACGUCCAUACUCGAUUGCUGGCGAGCUGCUGGUGCAGGCCAGCGACGAGGAUCCGGCCAUGAUGAACAAUCACAGUGCGUGCGGCAGCAAGCAGAGCAAGUCCCUGGACUCGGUGGCGGCCAUGACGCCCGAGGAGGAGAACCGCAAGUGCAUGAACGACUUCCUCAAUAAGAUCGACAACACCAUUUCCGAGUCGCGCAAAUAUGUGGAGCGUUCCAAGGACCUGGUCAGCAGUCAGAGUGAUGCGGAUAUCUGCAUCAGCGCCAGUGCUGAUGUGUUUCCACAGCGCCGCAAUCCGCUAAACAACUCCUACAAGAACAGCAAUGAACGUCCGCCCCAUUACCAGCGACACAGUUCGACGGGCAGCGGGAACUCGGACACGGCGCAGCUGUUGAACACAACCCAAACGCGUCGCGUUCAAAACUCGCUGAAGCGUCUCGAGAAGCAGCAGGAUGACUUCUUUGAGUUGUAGCAGCUGCAGCUGCAGCAGCAGCAGUCGCUGGGAUUGAGACUGGCCUAAAUUCAACUGAGAGUUAAUUUUACAAAUUGUUUUUAAUUGCCGCGCACGGAAUGCAGCGUACUCUAAAUGUAAUAUACGUACUAUAUAUGAAUGUUAUCUAUAUCGACAAGCAGUACACAUACCUUACCCUACUCUAUACCUAAUACCUUAUACCGUAUACCUAUUACUAUAUAUACUACGAUAAAGCAUAACUAGAACUAAUCGUAGCGCUGCGCUAUACAAACCUGUAGUGCGAUGACAAGGCCCUUUUGUUGUCCAUGUUGUAUUUUGAUCUUAAAUUGUGUCAGCCCUUCGUAAUUGCCGCCAAUUUGCUUGCAAGGUCUGACCUGCCCCCUUCUGUCUAUACCCUAUACCCUAUACCCCAUACCCCACCCCUCCUGCUCCUACCCAAUUAUGUUUAUAUUCUUUUGUGUACGACUUUAGCUUUAAUAUCGCACUGUGUAUAAUUUUAGUUAUGAGAAUUAUUAAUGUUAAUUGUAUAUAGUCUGUCUGCUGCUCCGUUUUGGCUACGCUGAUCGAGAAAUUGGCCCUAAUGCUAUAACCACAUAAUAACUACUGUGUAAAUGUAAUUUAUUCGUUAGCUUUCGAAAGAGUAUUAAAAACCGCAACUGCAAAAUCUA